AUGGCAGAGCCACCAAUGCCUGACCUAUCGCAUUUAAGCGCCGAAGAGCGACAAAUAAUCGAAGAGGUGCUUCAACGACAACGUGCUGAAGAGGAAAAAGAGACACAACUCAGUCAAAAGGCUGAUCAAGAAUUAGAAGCAAUCGAAAAGCAAAUCAACGAAAGGAAAGAAAAUGCUAGGCGCUUAAUCGGAACUCAAGAUGAUGCGAUUUGUCAAAUUUGUCAAAAAACAAAAUUUGCUGAUGGCAUUGGCCAUAAAUGCUUUUAUUGUCAGUUGAGGUCAUGCGCACGUUGUGGUGGACGAACCACUAGCAAAAAUAAGCAAAUAUGGGCAUGUUCACUUUGCCAAAAAAGGCAACAAAUUCUAGCCAAAACUGGCAAAUGGUUUCAACAACCACCGUUAUCCGACGAAUUAAAAUGUACCUAUAGUGCGGGAGAAGUAAGGUAUCAUCCAACACGUUCCGUUUCUGGAGGACAAAUCGGAAUUACCCGUAAGAGCAGUUCGCAAAAUGUGGUACGAACUAAUGGUCCACAAGCAUCACCAACACCACAGCAGCAAAGCGAAGAAUUUAAUCAACAGAAUCUUCGACCACAUGGCCCUAGCCAAGCUUAUCAGCAGCCAAUACAAAAGCAACUCUCACAGAAGCGACAAAAUACUCUUCAUCGGCAACCAUCAUUGCAACCAUCGUUAGAGGUUUUUUUCUUUUUUAAACUUUUCUGCUUUUAUAGCAAUAAUUUAUAUAAUUUUUAUCAAACUCUAGUUGAUAUUAUACAAUUUAAGCAUCCGGUUACAUGGCAACCUUCAGCAGAUCAACGAAAAUUAAUUGGGCAUAUGAUAUUGCAUAAAACUGAUGGCGUAUAUGGUGAUUUAGGUUUAAAGGUUGUGGGUGGAAGGAGAACGGAUACGGGUCGACUUGGAGCUUUUAUUACACGAGUUAAGCCGGGUUGUAUUGCUGAUACAGUUGGUCAUUUGCGGCCAGGCGAUGAAGUACUGGAAUGGAAUGGCCAUCAACUGCAAAAUGCAACUUUUGACCAAGUUUAUGAGAUUAUCAAUUCUUCUAAGAACGAUGUUCAAGUUGAAUUGAUCGUAUCUCGCUCAACGAGUAUUCCCGGUGGUGAUGAUUUCUUAAAUUUACACAGAGUGCCGUCAGAACGACAACUUGUGGUGACUAUAGGAAGAGCUAUAGAUCUUCCUCCAAGAUCCGAUGGAACUCUAAGAAAUCCUUACGUUAAAUUAUUCUUAUUACCUGAUCGAAGCGAAAAAAGUCGUCGUCAAUCAGCGGUACUCGUUGAAACUUGUAAUCCGAUUUGGAAUGAACCAUUUUACUAUCAUGGUUUCACUGAAGCAAUGCUAAUGGAACGUGUACUUGAGGUCACCGUAUGGGAUUAUGACAAAUUCGAAACAAAUGCUUUUCUCGGUGAAACAUUAAUUGACUUUUCGAUAGCACAAUUAAAUGAUGAACCAUUUUUAUAUACGUUGGUUGAUAUGGAUGAAGAAAAUCCCCUUCGAGCGCUAUUGCCACCACCAGUAGUUAUGCGUAGAUCACGAACUUAUGAUCGCUGUGGCAUGCGUGUAGAAGAUGACUGGACUAUCCACAACACAUCUGGGUAUCUUUCUGAUCAUGGAUAUAAUAAUCAGGUACCAACUAGACUACAUACGAGAGAACGAAGGCCUCGUUCUGCAACAACAAUAAAUCCACGUCGUAUGCCGAAUGGCGAUACAGAUCAGCGACAAAUGUUACCACAGAUCGAGAAUAGCAUUGAAGAAUAUGUUGAAGAAGGUGCAACUAGUGAUCCAGUUAUGACAAAAUCUGGCAUGAAAGAACGCAAGAAGGGUUUAAUGACCAGAUUAAUUCCGGGAAGAAAUGCGCCAUUAGAAGGCAAACGAACUGGUUUUGCAAGGUCUGAAGAAGUUGGUGUACCAGAGGGUCUUUCUGUACCAACGGAUUAUUUCCAACCGCCAUUCAUAAAACAAACAUCGAAAGAAUCAGAUUCUGCGUAUAAUGACAAUUGGGGUCCAGUUUUGCCUGAAGGUCCAUUAGGAAUUUUUGUGGACAAUCUUGGACCGGGACAGGUUGUCGGAAGGCAAGUUCUUGCUAGUCCUGUGCUCGGAGAGAUUCAACUUGGUAUCGCUGCCGGAAGGACGGGAAUCGAUGUUGAAAUAAUCCGUGCAAAAAACUUAGUGGUUAAGCCUGGUGUGAAAGUCAAUCCUGCGCCUUAUGUGAAAUUAUAUCUCAUGGAAGGAAAACAAUGUGUGGCAAAAGCUAAAACAAAUCCAGUGAGAAGGACUACUGCACCAUUAUUUCAGCAACACAUUGUUUUUUCUGAGUCACCGCGUAAAAAGAUGCUUCAGGUAACAGUGAUGGGUGAUUAUGGAAGAAUGGAACGUAAAUCGUUUAUGGGUAUCGCUCAAAUUCGCCUCGAUGAUCUUGAACUAUCUAUGGAACCAUUAAUUGGAUGGUACAAAUUAUAUCAUAGUUCAAGUCUUGCUGGUACAGGCCCAGUUCGAAAAGAUAGUGAAACCAGUCUCAAUGAUUUAAAGUAG